GAGCCAUUGAAAUCCUCGGUUUCUGUUUCUCCAAUCUCCAAUUUGCUAAACUUUACAGAGCACAAACUUUGGGAAUUCUUCAAUCUUAUUAGAAGAUAAGCAUUUCCUCAUUUGCUUCGCACUCGCUAUUUCUUAUAUUUUACCACAAUGUCCCAAGAGCCGGGACUUUGGAGUGUCCGUCGGCCGCGAGAGACUCUUGGUGGUAUCAAUCCUAAUACUGCUAUACCUCAACCAGCAUCAGCGAUGAAGAGAUCGAACUCGAUUGGCGGAAAUGGCGGUAGCGGCUUUUCUAGUAGCCAUAUGCGAUCUAUGUCGGGAUCUAGACAAUCCCUUCUCGCUCGCCCUAGCCAGCCUAUGUUCUCGCGAUCUUCAUCCGGCGCCAACUUAGCCGAUGUAGGAAUGUCGUCAGUGAAGCGCUCAUCCUUUCAGAAUGUCCCCGGUUCCACGAUAAAAAGCUACGCUUCUGGCGGUGUGCCCAUGCGCAACUCCGAGAGCGAACGAAGAAGUAGUGUUUACCGCUCUCGAACGUCUACAAACGGUCCCGGAAACCACCAAAGCUUCUUUCAACAAGCACCGCAGGCUGCUGGCGUACCACGCGACCCGCGACCAUUAAAGGAUCGAUCAUUCCAGGCGCGAAUCGGUCAGGAGCUCUUAGAUUAUCUAUCGCAACAUAACUUUGAGAUGGAAAUGAAACACACACUAUCGCAUAACAUAAUCAAGUCGCCUACCCAGAAGGAUUUUAACUACAUGUUCCAAUGGCUAUAUCAUCGCAUCGACCCGAGCUACCGUUUCCAGAAGAACAUAGAUCAGGAGGUUCCUCCAAUCUUAAAGCAACUUCGUUACCCUUACGAUAAGAGUAUUACCAAAUCGCAAAUCUCUGCGGUGGGUGGCCAGAACUGGAGUACCUUUUUAGGCUUACUGCAUUGGAUGAUGCAAUUAGCACAGAUGCUCGAAGGCUAUUCAUGCAACCGCUAUGAUGAAGCUUGUAUAGAGAGUGGAGUAGACGUGGGUGGCGAUCAUAUCAUUUUCGACUUUCUAAGUUCAGCGUACAGAGAUUGGCUUGCUAUGGACGAGGACGCUGGCGACGAUGAUGCCGAGAGAGUACUUGCGCCCCACGUUGGAUCUAUGGCCGCAGCUUUCGAAAGGUCAAAUUCUAAAUAUUUAUCAGAGCUUGAGAUGCUCGAAGCGGAGAACGCUCGACUACUCAAGGAUAUCGAGGAUUUGGAAAAGUCAACUCCCGAUCCUCGUGUUCUUGACAAUCAUUUCAAGAUUAUGGAAGAGGAUAAGAUCAAAUUCGAGGAGUACAAUGCGCUUGCUGAAUCAAGGACUGAGAAAUACGAAAGCCGUAUUAAAGUCUUACAAGAAGAACUUGAUAAGCUAAUGGAGGAACUGAAGGAAGCUGAGGAGGAACGUCGUGAAUUGCAGAAAGAAGUCGAUGGCCAAGGUAUUAGCAUGCAGGAUAUUGACCGCAUGACUUCGGAACGCGAAAGACUUCAAAAGGGCAUAGAGUCCGCUACACAACGACUUGAUGAAGGGAAGAAAAGAGUGGCAGACAAAGAAAUGGAAGCUAGCCGCAAGCUCGACGAUCUAGAAAGACUCGUCGACAAGUACAACACUCUCGCUUACCAGAUCGGCCUCAUUCCUUCGUCGGCAGUAAAUGCCAAAGGCGAGUCAUACGAAUUGGCAGUGACUGUCAAUGAAUCAGACUUCACAGGCUCUAUUAUGAAGGGGUCGUAUUCGACGGGAGGAAGUGAACGCCUACUAGCCGAUCCGGUGACCGGCUAUCAACCAGCGCAUAUCCUUAACUUGGAUUUGCGCGGGCACGUUAAGAACGACUUCCUAGCUCUAAGGAAGGAGAUUUCGGAACGACGGACCGCAGCCAUGGAUGUCAUGAUGAAGGAUCACGAUCUGCUCGAUGGUAUUAAGGAAGCAAUCGAGGACAAACGAAACGAGGUCGAGGCUCUAGAACACAGAGUCAGAGCCGCAGAAGAGGAGUACGAGAAGACCAAGGAGAUCACCAACACCUCGAAAUUGGCCUCGGAUGCACAAAUCGAGAAGACGGAGAAAGAACUCGCCAAGAUGCGAGCCCAACUUACCGAAUCCGUUCAGCUGAUGGAGCAAAGAGAGAUGAACACCAACAUCGAAUAUGAACAAUUAACCCUCCGAGCGAACUCAUUACGUGAGGAACUACACACGGAGAUCGAGAGGAUGCUUAACGAUAUCAUCAAAUUCAAGGUCCAUAUCCAGAAGAACCUGGAAGACUACGAGGGCUUCGUAGCAGAUGAGCUUGAGAAGGAACUCGGUAGUGACGAGAUGAGAGACGAUACCCGCGGCAUUGGGAUGUGAUUUAAAUUUGCUUGGUUAACCCAAGCUGGUUGUUGUGUUGGCGUUUCUCGGUGUUGCCUUGUACGGAGUUCGGUUGGACUACAAGUGAUGACCGUAAUGAUGCAGUGGACGCUUUGAAUGAUGGUUAAGGAUACCUCUUGUCUGGGAAAGUUUCAUUCUUACGGUCGAUUGUUAUAAUGCGAGUUUCAAUACAUGAUUAAAAACAAAUUAGUACAUCGUAACUGUGAACAAC